CUGGCUUCCUUAUGGCUCUUAAUGACAACAGCCAUAUGACUAUGUCCUUGUUGGAACUGGUUCAAUAUGUCAUAUAAAGUCUCUCUUAAAUCAUAUAUAUAUAGGGGUGAACGAGUCAUUACGAGGACUCGUCAAAUGUUUAUCGUUUACGGAAGAUAGGAGGGAAAGGUCGUUUCGGCGGGAAGAAAAACAAAAAGUUCAAUUCGGUUCAUUAGUAUCGCGUUUCACUCCGAAAGGGAAUCAGAGUUAUUUUUCAAAACGAGAGAGAAGGUAGAGGCGGAAGACGAAAGACGAAAGCAAUCCGCAGUCACUUCCGACGGGCCAAGUAGGAGAAAAUGGCAUCGACCGUGAAGGACGACGUCGAUCGAUUGUUUGAAUGCUUCAAGUGCGGCGUUUCUCCUCCUCAAUCUGCUGUGAGAGUAAAAAAGAAAAGAAAAAGUAAAUUGAAGCCUGAGUGUUCAAUAGACUCUACGACUCCAGCUUCUGGCUCAGUUAAAGAAAUGCAGGACAAUGCAUCGAGCGUCCAAGUUACCGAGGAGAAAAUUGAUUUGACAAGUAAAGAAAAAGGUUCUAGUUCUAAGAAGUUCUCGCCAAUCGUAUUUUAUGGUUCACCUAGAGGCGUCCCUCCCAAGAGGCCAUCUAGUUUGUGGAGACUAUUGCGUGAAAUUCGUGUUGAUAUUUCUGAGCAAAGCAGAUUCAAGUUAAGCAAGCAAGUGUGGGCCACAUUUCCCAGACAAGAAGAAGCAAUUAAGUUUGCCAGAGAGCACACCGAUGUUCAUAUUUUUAGUUAUCAAGAUCACUUUAAUGGACAAAGGAGAUUUCUAGUUUCAUCAUACAGUGAGUUCUGGCAUAGGUAUAAAAGCAUGGAUUCAAAAUUUCGCCACCAUUAUGAAGUAAUUCAAGAGGGUGCUCCAUGUCACCUUUACUUUGAUUUGGAGUACAGUAAAAGAAUCAAUACGGGAAAAAAUGAAGACGUAAUGGUUGAUUCCUUGAUAUCUGUUGUUCUAGAAGCCUUAAAUGAAAAGUAUUCAAUUCAAGGAAGCUUUGACUGGAUACUAGAGCUUGAUUCCUCAAACGAAGAGAAGUUCUCUCGCCACCUGAUAAUCCGCAUACCAAAAGUUGCUUUUAAGGAUAACUCGCAUGCAGGAGCAUUUGUUGGUGAGAUAUGUUCGCGGAUUUGUAUUGGAAAAAUGGAAGGGAGAUACGAAGAACUGUUUAUCAAAAAAGAUUCAAGCUCCAUUGAAUCUCCUAGCCAUCUGUUUGUGGACAAUGCAGUUUAUUCUAGAAAUCGUUGCUUUCGUUUAGCUUUGUCAUCAAAGGCAGGGAAGACUUCUGUGCUUCUACCUACAGGAAGACAUGCACGUGCAAAAAUGUGUGAGGAAGACAUGUUCAUGGCAUCCUUGAUCUGCAACGUUGAUGCUGACUGUGAUAAGCUUCUGGUUUGCAAAACAGAUUUAGACUGCGUGAAGACAUUACAAUUUGAAAUGGAGGAGAAGUGUAAUUUUGGACGGCAGUUCAGUUUCGCCAAAGAAGCACCGUUGACAGGUUACAUGAAUGAUGUUCCUGCAUCUUCUUGCAUGGGAACGUCGCCAUUCCCAGCUGUGGAUAAGUUCGUUGAAUCUGUUGCCUCCACUGGUAGUGUUUCAGGAAAAAUACGCUGCUGGUACUGGUUCUCAGAAUAUGGACUAAUUGUCUACAGCAUGUCCCGUAAUAGAUAUUGUGAACGAAUUGGUCGAGAACACAAAAGCAAUCAUGUGAUGUAUGUUGUCGACCUUAGGAGGGCUGCCUAUUAUCAGAAGUGUCAUGAUCCAGAUUGUAGAGGUUACCGAUCUCCUCUGCGUCCAACUCCGAUUGAUUCCAUUCCUAGUCAAUGGGUUUCUACGGAUUCAGAACAAAUAUCAAAUGACAGAGAGUCAACCGAUGAAUGCAUCAACUAUCGAUCUCUAAGCAACGACCAAAAUUGUCUUUUGCUUCUUAGUGACAAGAACAUUACAGACAGCAGUGUCCAAGACUCCUGGUGGCUUGAAGUGAUGAGAGUGGCAGACGAUGUUGAAAACAAACGGAUUGAGGACCCUGGAAAACUAGAUUUCGAAGACGAUGACUGGUGGAUGGCUGUGGAAAACUCUAUAAAAGAUUUGUCCACAUGAAAAAAGAUUUGUCCACUUGAAAAGUCAGGACUGGAUGGCAAAUGCAUUCUCCGGCACCUUAAUAAUUAUUUUACAUUUGGAAGUACCGGUAUUUGAACUUUGCCAGACAUAUGAGGUAGUCGUGCUCGACCAUGAAGAAGGCAACCAAUUAUUCAUCCAAUAACGAACCUCGUUGGAUAUUUGGCUACAAUUUAGGCCGUUGCUUCCUUAGAAUAUUAGCUCCGCGCGGAUUCUACUGGGAGAAUUUCAUUUUCUGUCAGAUGAAUUGCAGGCCUAUACGUAACAAACUGUGGAGUUUAGGGCGUCAUGUUACUUACUGCAAUACAUGAAACGUAUGGUAUGAUGAGGGUUAA